AUGUCACCAUCAGUAGCAUCGCCAGCAAUUUCAGUCUCUGUUAAAGGGUCUGUUACAGAAAAGAAAGUGUUCUUACAAAACGAAGUGGACGAAAUUGAGAAAUGGUGGUCGCAACCACGUUGGAAGAACACCAAGCGUAUCUACUCUGCUUACGAAAUUGCCAAGAGACGCGGUUCUAUACAACCCACUGUGUAUCCAUCUUCUUUGAUGGCCCAGAAAUUGUACAAGAUUCUUGAAGGGCACGCCAAGAACGGAACUGUUUCUAAGACAUUUGGUGCGUUGGACCCUGUACAAAUUACUCAAAUGUCAAAAUAUUUGGAUACGAUAUAUGUUUCUGGCUGGCAAUGCUCUUCUACGGCUUCGACUUCAAACGAGCCAGGCCCAGAUUUGGCCGACUACCCAAUGGACACUGUUCCAAACAAGGUAGAGCAUUUGUUCAAGGCACAGCAGUUCCACGACAGAAAGCAAUGGGAGCGUAUCUGCGACGGGACCAUCGAAGAGUCCGAAAUCAUUGACUAUUUGACCCCAAUUGUUGCUGACGCCGACGCUGGUCACGGGGGUUUGACCGCCGUUUACAAGCUCACCAAGAUGUUCAUCGAGAGAGGUGCUGCGGGCAUCCACAUCGAGGAUCAGACCUCUACAAACAAGAAGUGUGGCCACAUGGCGGGUAGAUGUGUCAUCCCAGUGCAAGAACACAUCAACCGUUUGAUCACGUGUCGUAUGGCAGCUGACGUGUUGGGAUCCGAUCUUGUGCUCGUUGCUAGAACCGAUAGCGAGGCAGCUACAUUGCUCUCGUCUACUGUGGACUCGAGGGACCACUACUUCAUUCUUGGUGCCACUAACCCUGAGGUAAAGGGCCAGCCUUUGAACGAGUUACUGAACAAGGCGAUCUUGGACGGCGCUACCGCAGAGGAUUUGCAAGCUGUUGAGAAAAAGUGGUUGGCCAAGGCUGACGUGAAGCUAUUCCACGAGGCGUUUGCCGAUGCCGUGAGGGCUGCGGGCAAGGGCGAGUCGUUGAUCAAAGAGUUCAACAGCAAGGUUGGUCCAUUGACCGAGUCAUCUAUCUACGAAAUGCAGGCAUUGGCCAAAGAGCUAUUGGGGUCUGAGACCGAACUAUUCUUCGACUGGGACUUGCCCCGUGGCCGUGAGGGUUUGUACCGCUACCAAGGUGGGACCCAGUGUUCUGUGAUGCGUGCGCGUGCCUUUGCACCAUACGCCGAUCUCUGCUGGAUGGAGUCGAACUACCCUGACUACGAGCAAGCGAAGGAGUUUGCGCAGGGCGUCACUGCCAAGUUCCCUGGCAAGUGGAUGGCCUACAACUUGUCUCCAUCGUUCAAUUGGACCAAGGCGAUGUCUGUGGAAGAGCAAGAGACGUUUAUCCAAAGGUUGGGCGACUUGGGCUACAUCUGGCAGUUUAUUACGCUUGCCGGUCUUCACACAAGCGGUUUGGCCAUUGAACAAUUCUCGAAAAACUUUGCCAAGUACGGCAUGAAGGCUUACGCACAAGACAUCCAAAAGAAGGAGUUGGACAACGGCAUUGACAUGGUGAAACACCAAAAGUGGUCUGGGGCCGAGUACAUUGACGGUCUUUUGAGACUGGCCCAGGGAGGUCUAGCGGCUACUGCCGCCAUGGGCCACGGUGUCACUGAGGACCAGUUCAAGUAG